AAAACGCCUUUAUUUGUAUUCUAGCUUGAGCAUGAGAUGUGUUUAAAAUAUCUUUCAGAAAAAGAAUAUUGAUUUUUUAUAGAGAAAUGAAUGAUUAAAAUUUAGAUAUGUGGAAUAUUGCCGGAAUUGUCGUUUGCUUAGUUUCAAAUUUAUACGGUGUUGGCGGAAUUAAUCUUCUUGAUGGUAAAUACAGGAAUGUUAAUAUUGUUAUCCAGAACACUGUUGCCGAGAACGAGGUUCUAAUUGAACGAAUUAAGCAAAUUUUCACCAACGCAUCUCAGCUCCUUUUCGAAGCGACACGGUACCAAGUGUCUUUUGGACAAAUUAACAUUAUAAUACCCAAUACAUGGAGCUCGAAACCAGAAUAUGAGGAAAUACCCGCGCUGUCCGAGUUAGAUUCUUACAUCACUGUCGAUGAUGGAAAAGUUAAAGCGCCUCAUACCAAACGCAAGAGAAAGAAGUGUGGCUCGCCUGGACGUUAUAUCCUUUUACCGGCAAGCUUUUUAUUGAAAGAAGGGAAAACAAAAUAUGGACACCAUGCGAACGUUGUGGUGCAUGAGUGGGGUCAUUUGAGAUGGGGACUAUGGGAUGAAUACGGGACAAAGCGAAAUGGACGAUUUUACUUGAAAGGUGGUGAAUGGAAGCCUGUAGGAUGUAGUGCAUAUAUUAUGGGUCAAGUUGGCAGAGGAUCACAAUGCACACGAGGGAUAUCGAAAUGUGACAUUUCUAAAACUGAAAUACUCAUAAAUGAAGCUUGCAAGUUCUGCCCUGAUGAAUCACAGCCAUUAUCCAACAUGAGCUCCAUAAUGGCAUUUAAUUGGCUCGAUGCGGUUGUUACUUUCUGUGAUCAUGAGAAUGACACAAGUGUUCCUGUUCACCAAAGACACAACAGUAACGGAAAGAGUGAACAAAAUUUGAAAUGUAAAGGCCGAAGUUCCUGGGAAGUAAUGAGGGAACAUGAAGACUUCAAAACAGCAACACCUUUGCCAACAUUUACAAACACUGUACCAACCUUUAGACUGUUACAAGAAACUGUUGGAUAUCGUGUGUUUGUAUUAGAUGUUUCUGGUAGUAUGGACAUGAUUGCUUUUGAUACUUCUAGACUAACCAAAAUGAUACAAGCAAGUGCGUAUAUCAUCCAAACGAAGAUACCCGACUAUAGUUGGCUUGGCAUCGUUUCAUUUGAAACAAUAUCUUAUACAUUGAAAGAUAUGACGCAAGUAAAGUCUCAGCAAGAUAGAGAUGAUAUGAUAUCGGCAUUACCUCGGUCAGCACUUGGUGGUACUUGUAUUGGAUGUGGGAUAACAACUGCUUUACAGUUGCUAACGGCUAAACUUGGCGAUCCUGCCGGAUCAGAGAUAAUAGUGAUAUCAGAUGGUGGCAAUAACGAAGGUGACCUCGAUAGUGCAAUACAAAAUGCUGUUGACGCAAGCGUAACUAUACACAGUAUUUCUGUGUCACAAGAUGCGGAUAUCCGUAUGAUAUCGAUGGCAACAGCAACAGGUGGCAGCCAUAUCUCUUAUCUUGAGGUCGGAACAAUAAGCAUUGCCUCAGCAUUUACGGAAAUAUUGUCCAGUGCAGUUACAUCGUUUGCCACAGAGUCAGUAACGGUUGUGUCAGAACAUUAUACCGGUGGAUUAUCAAAUAACAUACAGACUAGUUUUGAUAUAGACAGCAGCAUAGGAAAUAGUACCUCGGUUAGCAUACUUCAAGGCAGCUCAGCGGCUCUGAGGGUUGAUGUCACAAGUCCUGAUGGAACUGUUUAUACAAAACAAACUUCUGACGACAAUGUUGUGUUGGACAUACCUGGUACAGCCAUUGCCGGGCAAUAUAAUGUUUCCAUCGAAUCAAGCACGUCAUCUUUGGAGCUUUACGUUACAUCUUUACCUACCGACGCGGAGGCUGUUCGUGUCUUUUCAUGGAUAUCUCCUGUGGAUUUUGACUUUAACUCUGGGGAAUUACCUGUUGUUGAAGCCGACGUAAUGAAAGGAAGAGCGGCUGUUUUAAAUGCGAUUGUUACAGCACUUGUGGAAACAUCAGCUACUAAUGAUUGUACAAUUUCAUUACUUGAUGAUGGGGCAGAUCCUGAUGACACGUCUGACGAUGGGGUAUAUGCUGGAGUAAUUCCAGCAUUUUGUAUCGGCCAAAAUGGUCGUGUGAGUGCAAAGGUUUAUGUUAAAGGAGAGAAUGGUACAGCAACUGUUGCCGAUGUCUUCAGUGGUGCAGGGUCCCCAGAUUCAGAUGAAGAGGAAACUAGUAAUGAAGUUCUACAAGACAACUUUCAGCGCCAAAGUGUUGCAAAUGAAAUCAUAGUCAAUAAUUAUGUAGCCGGUGAUGUUACUGCACCAGGUCGUAUUACAGAUGUUUCUAUCAUAGAUAUAUCUACAGAAAAUACUCCUUAUGGCGAGAGUAGAAACUUCACCAUUACAUGGACGGCAACCGGCGACGAUGUUAACAUUGGCCAAGCUAUGGAAUAUGAGAUAAGAAUAUCAAGCGACAAUAACAUUUUGACAAACGAUUUUUCCAAUGCUGAAUAUCUCAGUGUUUCUAAUGCAAACUUCACACCGAAGGCUGCAGGCGUAACAGAGUUCCUAAGGAUAGAAGUAAAUGCAGAAGAGUCGUACACAUCAACCAAAUAUUUCGCUAUUAGGGCAAAAGACGAGGCUGGAAACGUAGGUGAUGUUUCAAAUAUCAUUUCAAUACUUGUUGCCAAUGGUUACCGAAUAGCAAUAGAAGGUGACAUUGUUUACUCGCAUAGUAACACAGACGACGAGGCUACAGAAGAGGAUGUGGUAGAAAAAGAGAAGAAGAAAAAUCUUCCUAUACUUGCUGUUGGAUUGUCGUCUGCAGCAGCUGUAAUUGUCAUAGCAAUAGUUGCACUUACAGUGUGCGUCAAAAAAGCAAAAGCUAAGGAGAUUGUACAAGGUAUUGUGGUUCAUAUUUUAACAGAUUCCAUUGCCAAGGGUGUGGAUAAUAUUUAG